AGUCUGCGCGAUCUUCGCGCUGUUAGUGGUCGCUUAUAAGAAAAUAUCGUAGGGCUUCGGAGUCUUGAAAAAGGUGGAUACAGUUGCAUCGUGAUAAUUACCAGCAGUGUCAUAGUGCAGUGUGAUUUAGUGUUGUGUUGGAUUUUGAUAGCGGGCACGGAAGCCCGCGUUGUUUGCGCGGAUCGAUACGUGUUGCUUGUGAUUAUGGCGCAGCGAUCAUGAGCCAGGGCGGCUCGAGGAGGCCGUACUCGCGCGGGGGCCCUCGCUGGCACCCCCGCUACAAGGAUUACUGGGAUUAUGAACAGAAUUAUAGUGAUGGCAGCAGCGCUGGUAGCCCCAAGGAGGCGUGCGUGGCGCAGUCCCCGCCGCCACCGCCGCCCGCGAAGAGAGACGUACGCCACCACAGACACGAACAGAGGAGGCUCAGCAUCGGCGGAGGCGCGGACGGUUCGCGACGCGCCGAGCGCCGCGCCGCCGGCACUUCCGAUCGUAGAAGAUCAGAUAUGCGCGUGAGUCCCGGCGCUGGCGCUGGUCCCUCCGCGGAACCUCCCCCACAUGUGCUGCACCCCACACAUCAUCACCACCACAUGGACACCAACCCUUUGGAAGGUGUCCCUGUAGAGUCAAUGGUGUCCGGAGGCGGCUCGUCAGACGGCGAGCUCUCGUCGAAGGCUGGCGACAGUCCUAGCAGGAAACGGCGACGUAUCUCGAGACAUCUGUCAUCAGGUGAAAGCAACGUGUCAGCGACAGCGCCACCUGUCGAAAGACGGACGCCUCGGCAUCAUUACCAACCGCCUCGGCGGGGUCGUUACGUGAGCGGGGGUGGCGGCGCGGGGGGAGGAGGUGCUGGAGCAUGGCAUGAGCGGCUCCAUCAUCAUCACCACCACGCACCUCUAUUACUCGACAUCAACCAGAUGUCGUUGCGCGGCGCGCGGCUGUCAGCUCUCGGCGGCGGCGUGUGGACUCACCCCCCUCACCCCGCGCACCCCGCACACGCCCCGCACCCCCAUCGCCAUCCCGACCAUGCGCCGCGUACGCAGGUGGCGAGCGCUGGUGAGCUGUGGGGCGCUGCAGUGUUGCCGCCGCUGCACCACCUGCGGUACCAGAUGGGCGGUGUGUACGCGGGUUUGGGGUACGGCGGAUUCGGGGCUGCGCACGCGCCUCGCGGACCGUUCGCGUCGCCGCCGCAUCCGCACGCCCCGCAUCCCCAUCCGCAUCCGCAUGCCCACUAUCUCGCCACCAACCAGCGCGCGGAGACUGGUCGCCUGGAAGUGGUAGGGGGUGGAGGGGAGACGGCGCUUUCGCCGCUGCAGCCUGAGCUGCAUCACGCGCCAUUACUUCUACAUCACGAGGCACGGGGCGGACCGCUCGAGCUUAUGGCGCCGCAUCACGCUCGACACGCACUCUCACACCAUCACCGUCGCAGUGGCGGCGGAGUGGGCGUGGGCGCGGGGGUGGGCAUUACCGGGGGUGUGGGCGUAGGCGUGGUGGGGUCCGGGUCGCGGGCCGCCCGUCCAUACGUUCGCCACGCGCCGCGCUGGCCUCAUCACGCGAUACACCAUAUACACGCACAGGGUGGCGGAGGUUUAGUGGGCGCGGCGUUGCCUCAGCUGCAUGUUGCGUCGCCGCUAUCAUUGCCGCCGCCGCCGCCCACUUACCAGGUAUUCCUGAACCUGCUGGCCAUGUUUCCCGUGUCGCCAUACGCGGAGGCGCGUGAAGAGGCCGGCGAGUCACCCGAGACGGAGAACUACGAGGCGUUGCUGUCGCUGGCGGAACGCCUCGGCGAGGCGAAACCGCGCGGCCUUGCGAGGCAUCACAUCGACCAGCUGCCCAGCUACAAGUACUCGCCGCAAACGCAUCAAGGCGAGCAGUCGUCGUGUGUAGUAUGUAUGUGCGAGUUCGAAGCACGUCAGACACUGCGAGUUUUGCCCUGUGCACACGAAUUUCACGCCAAGUGUGUAGACAAGUGGCUCAGGUCAAAUCGAACGUGUCCCAUAUGUCGCGGCAACGCGUCCGAAUACUUCAACAACUCAGAGUGACUCGCGGCGACUACGACGCGCGACAAAGCGACGCACGAUCGAUUCGUAGCACGUUGCGACACGCAAAAUCCGUCGCAUAUCAAAAGUGUGUCGAGUUACAGAAGAGUGAAUUACGAAUUAGACUUAUAUCGUGUGUGAUCAUUGAAGUCUUCACGAUAAUACGCUUUUG